AUGAAAAAUUUUCUCGGCUUUGUAAUUUUAAUAUUGGCAAGUAUUGGCCAAAUUCUUGCCAAUGAAUGCGUCAGUUGGAGAAUUACUUCUCCAACAACACAAGGUUUAGUAUGGACCGCAGGUCAAUACUAUGCUGUAUCCUGGGAUCCUGGUUAUUCCCAAGUAAAUACAGUCGACCGAGUUGACCUUUAUACAAGUGAUAAUAAAUUUGUUGUAACUGAAUGGAAGGGUCCAAUUUCGGUUAACGCUUUGACAACAGGAAAUUUCCGUCUUAAAGCUCCUUCUCCUGGAAUUUAUUAUUUUAAGGUUAUUGCAUCUACACCAAGUGGUAAAUGCACGUUGAAUUCUGUCAGUUUUACUGUUUUGAAAAGAUAUAUGUCUCCUCAAAGUCUUCCUACCAUUUCCGUAUCUCCUGCACCUGCGGCUCCAUGUACUAUUCCACCAAAAUUUGCUUGUAGUGGUAAUUAUUUCUUGGAAUGUGAUGGUGAAAAAUGGGUUAUUCAGAAUGUAUGCCCAGUUCCUUGUAAAGAUAUUCCUUCUUAUGCUUCUCACUGUGGCAUUGCUUAG